ACAAGCUUUGGUCACACUGUAGCCGGUCGUUUUUCUCUUUUGUUAAGUUUUGUUAAAUAGAUGUAAAUUCACUAUAAUCGGUUAAAAACGAAGUGCCUAGCCGUCUACAAGUUUUAAAUUGGUCAAACCAGUAUAAAGACUAUUGACACUGGAUUCAGAGCCGAGCUCUUGCAAUCCGAGCUAUCCAAUUUGAUAAAAUACAGGUGUUUGCUUAUCGAACGAAUACGCGCAUAAUCUUCUAGUGGGUGAAUUUUCCAAUUUGCGGUACUUCCCCGAUUUUCUACUUUGAGCUGGCCAAUAGUUAUCGCAAUCGUUUUGCCACGUCACAUGAAAAGUCAUUAUGCGAUAUAGUCUCUGUUAGUUCGUCUCAGUCUGUGGCAGAACAUCGUCAAAGUCAGUACAGCGAACAGCAAAAGCUAAUUUUUUUUUGUUUUAAUUUUAAAGUGAAAAAGUUUUAAAGGACAUAAUGAGUGCUCAGGACGUUCCGGUUGAUGAAUUAAAGCCUCGCAGCUACCAACUGCGUCUGGUGGAUCACAUUACCAAGCAAAAUGGCAUCAUUUACUUGCCCACCGGCUCCGGGAAAACGUACGUGGCCAUCCUGGCCCUGAAACGGUUCUCCCAACACAUGGACAAGACAAUCGAGGAAGGUGGCAAACGGGCCCUAUUUAUGUGCAACACCGUGGAGCUGGCCCGCCAGCAGGCGGAGGCAGUAAAACGCCACACUAAUCUCAAGGUGGGAUUCUAUGUGGGGGAGCAGGGCGUGGACGAUUGGCCGAGGGGCAAAUGGGAGACUGAAAUCCGAGAUAAGCAAGUUAUGGUGGGAACUGCUCAGGUGAUGCUAGACCUUUUCACCCAGCGGUACAUGGAACUAAGCUCGGUGAGCAUUGUGAUAAUUGACGAAUGCCACCAUGGCACGGGUCAUCAUCCGUUCCAUGAGUUUAUGCGCCUGUUCCUCGUCGUGGGUACACAUAUGUCACUUCCUCGUGUUGUGGGCCUAACUGGCGUGCUGAUCAAGGGCAAUGAGACGAAGAAUGUGGCCAAGAGACUCAAGGACCUGGAGACCACCUAUAGAGGCAAUAUAAUUACGGUAUCGGACACCCACGAGCAGGAGAACGUAAUGCUAUAUUCAACAAAGCCCCGGGAGUACAUGGUUCAAUAUCCAGCACAAGAUCAAACGUAUUCGCUGGUCGCGCAUCUCGACAAAAUGAUAUUGGAUUUCUAUCUAGUCCUGGACCAAAUGGAUAUUGGUGUGCAGCCCAAGCGAAGGUCAAAGGGAUUGAUGGCCCACAAGGAUCCGCACAAAAAGAGUGCCAUUAAAACGCUCUUCAACGACUUUAAAUUCCAGAUGGAGGAGUACGGAGUGUAUGCCGCCUCCAUUGCCAUUGUUUCGCUCUCCGUAGAUUUUGAGGUGAAGAAACGCCAAGCGGAGACCAUUUCCCUGAAAUCGAUGUACAGGUCGGCCAUUACCCUGUGCGACCAGAUACGGCAUGUCCUGGUGAAGAAACUGCGCGACCUGGUGGACGACGAGGACGAUAAAGAUGAAGCUGUCAACACCGAGGAGGUUAUUAUGAACUUCUCAACCCCGAAGGUCCAGCGAUUCCUGCAUUAUCUUAAAGGGACAUUCGCUGGAAAGAAGCCAAAAGAUAUCUGUUGUCUGGUAUUUGUGGAACGACGCUACACCGCCAAGUGCAUUUUUGGUCUGCUGAUGCAUUUCAUCGAAGCCACUCCCGAGUUGCGGAACGUGCUGGUCCCUCAGUUUAUGGUGGGACGAAAUUCAAUUUCCCAUGAUUUUGAAAACAUAUUGGAAUCCAAAUUCCAAAAAUCUGCUAUUCAACAGUUUCGAGAUGGCGAGGCGAAUUUGAUGGUUUGCUCGAGUGUCCUGGAAGAGGGAAUCGAUGUACAAGCAUGUAAUUACGUCCUUAUCCUGGACAGCCUGAAAACUUUCAACAUGUAUGUUCAAACGAAGGGACGUGCCCGGUCAAAGGACGCAGUUUUUAUUAUUUUUUCAUCGGUUUCCAAUGCGGAAGAGGUUUCCAAGCAGAUUGCUCAGUAUCGCCAGGCUCACUCCGAUAUUGCCGACUAUUUAAAGAGUCGUGUCUUGGACCGAGCUCUACCGCUGGCUAACGAGAUAAACGAACACUUCCAGGACAUCAUUCCUCCCUUUAUUAAUGAGCAUGGUGCCGUGUUGUUAGCCAGUAAUGCCUUAAUCCUGCUCCAUCGGUACUGUCAGAGCUUGCCUUCAGACGCGUUUGGAUUCGUAGUGCCAUGGAUUGAUCUUCUUGAUCAGAACGAACGGCUACAACGGUUCGGCAAAAGUGCCGAGUUUAAACAAGUCGUCUCUAUUGUUUUGCCACUCACAUCCACUCUAAAGGAUACGAUUUAUAGCGAUCCCAUGGUCUGUACCAAGUCUGCCAAAGUAUCUGCCGCCUUUAAGGCCUGUAAACAGCUCUAUUUACUGGGUGAGCUCAGCGAAAAGUUCCUGCCCAUUACGGCAACGGAACGGGUGGCGGCCAUUGCUGACGUCCACUUCGAAACGUGGAAGAAAUACGGAGAUGACGUGACAAAGAGCCGCCAAGAGAAAGAGAUUAAGCUGCGUACCUAUAAGACUGGCUGUCCGGAGGAAUUUCUCGAUGCGAUGCCGCGGGUUGGCGAGGUCUGCUACGCCUACGAGAUCAUCCUGGAGCCACAUUUUGAGCGUAAUGACUACUCGGAGCACUUUUACGACAACCUGCAGACUCCUCGCAACUAUGCCCUGCUGCUGCGCAAAAAACUCCCCAGGUUGGCGGAGAUGCCUUUAUUCUGCAAUCAGGGAAAGCUACAUGUCCGCGUCGCGGCGGAACCACGUGAAGUAGUACUCGAUAGUGACAUCAAGCUGAAGCAGUUGCAGCAGUUUCACGUUGCAAUUUUCCGAAAUAUUCUACGCAUUUGGCAGCCGUUCUUCGUGUUCGAUCGACUCAGCAGGGAGAACUCGUAUCUGGUGGUUCCUUUGGCCGUAGGAGAGGCUCAGGCUGGAGUCAUCGACUGGCCACUGGUAACAAAGUUCCAAACUUGGCAACCGGUCCAAAAGCCCAGUGUGCAGCAGCGAAAGGAGGCACCACCACCACGUCCCGAAGAUUUCGAAGGGACAAUUGUGACCCAGUGGUACUCCAACUAUGAGGAGAAGCGAAUGCUGGUCACCAAGGUGCACCGGAAUCUCACGCCGUUCAGCUUUAUGGAAAAAAAUCACCAAGAUAAGACCUACUAUGAUUUUACCAUGUCCAAGUAUAGCAACCACAUUGGUGAUGUAGUGCAUCGGGAUCAGUUCCUGAUUGAAGUACGAGACCUGACAGAGCAGCUAAACUUCUAUGUCCAGCAGCGAGGAAAAUCUUCGGCCCAGAGCAAGGCCAGGGCGAAGGUGGUGCUCAUACCGGAGCUUACCUAUAAUUUUUCAUUCCCCGGUGAUUUCUGGCUAAAGGUACUGUUUCUACCGAGCAUUCUGCGACGGCUGAACUUUCUGCUUCAUGCGGAGGCGCUGCGAAAGCGAUUCAACACAUACCUGGGUCUUCAACAUUUGCCAAUUAACGGAGUUGAUUACAAGCCCCUGCCCGUGGAAAUUGAUUGGUCACUAAAGAGGAACGUUGAUCCAUUCGGUAAUGCCGUGGCCGACGAAGAAUUCGAGGAGCCGCGCUCCGUGCUCGAACCCAUGCCCACAAAGGUGAUUGAGACGGCUAUGGAAAAGUUGGAGAUUAGCGACAUGGAAAACAAAUGGCAGGACUACAUGGAACCGGUGGACAUUUCGCGUAAGCUACUUUCCGCCUAUCCCGUAGAGUUAUCCUACUACUACCAGUUUUGCUCGGGCUUUGUAAAACGGCUUGAUCAAAUGGAAUACGCUGAUAAGGAGUUCUGGACCGAGAACCAAUUUAAAAUUCCAUCAGGAAGCAUUUACGAUGUCAGAAACACAGACAUGAUGAGGGAGAAUCUUCCAGCAUUGAUGCCAGCGAGUGGGUCGAAAGCACAAGCGCCUCAGGAAGAGAGCUACCUCUCGGUCCUGCAGAGGACCGUGUCCAACGAACAUAUCACGGCCGCCGAGCAAAGCGAGUUCCUGGCAGCCAUCACCACCAGUGGCAGUGUCGAUGUGUUUGAUAUGGAACGACUGGAGUUGUUGGGAGACUCGUUCUUGAAAAUGAGCGGUUCGCUGUACCUGGCCCACAAGUACCCAUCAUGGAAUGAGGGUACUCUCACCCAGGUCAAGUCCAAGCUGGUAUCCAACAGGAACCUCCUGUAUUGUCUAAGCGAAACCGACAUCCCCACAAAGAUUAGCAGUUCCUUGUUUACCCCGAAAUACACUUGGGUGCCGCCGGGAUUCAGUUUGCCACGCAAUGUGUUGGCUUUGUGGAAGGAAAAUCCGGAUGUGGCGAAGCUGGUGGGUCCCCACAACUUAAGGGACCUGGCGCUCAGCGAGGAGGAGUCACUUAUCACUGGAACUUGCAGCGAGGCCACAUUAAACACGUUCUUGGAUGGGUGUCGGAGGAAUAGGAGCAGCCAUCAUGCCGACACAGAUUUCUCUGCCGAGCUUAACUUUUGCAUCGGCCAGGCUAAUAUUUCGGACAAGGUUAUAGCCGAUACAUUGGAGGCUCUGUUGGGUGUGGUUGUGAAGAACUAUGGUCUGACGCACGGCUUCAAAAUGUUGGAGUACUUUGGAAUCUGCAAGUCGGACAUCAACAAGCCGCUAGCCCAGUUGCUAGACCUAGAAUUGGGCGGCGCCAACAUGCGAACGAAUGGGAGCACCAGCGACAUCGAUAGCUUCCUAAUAAACCAUGCGAACUUGGAGGAGAACCUGGGCUACACCUUCAAAGAUCGGGGCUACCUUCUGCAGGCUCUCACCCAUCCGUCGUAUCCCACCAAUCGGAUUACGGGCUGCUACCAGCAGCUGGAAUUCAUCGGUGAUGCCAUAUUGGAUUUCCUUAUAUCCGCUUAUAUUUUCGAGCACAACACAAAGAUGACUCCCGGAGAGCUGACGGAUUUGCGAUCCGCUCUGGUCAACAACACUACCCUGGCCUGCAUUUGUGUGCGGCACAAGAUCCACUUGUUCAUCUUGGCCGAGAACGCUUUGCUGUCAGAAUCCAUUGCUAGCUUUGUACAGUUCCAAGAAACCCAACACCAUAGGGUAACCAAUCAGGUGAGAAUUCUUCUCGAGGAGACCGAGCCAACGGCCUUGGACAUAGAUGAUGGGGAGCCGGACGAAGCCACUGAAAGUGAGGAAAAUAUUGGUGUUCCAACAAAAGGGGACUACAACAUGUCCCAGAACGUGGAUGUACCCAAAGCCCUGGGAGAUGUCCUAGAAGCCCUCAUUGCCGCAGUGUAUCUGGACUGCAGGAAUCUACACCGCACCUGGCAGUUUAUUUACAACCUUUUCAAGCCCGAGCUCAAGGAGUUCGCCCGCAACGUCCCCAUCAACCCGAUUCGGCAGCUCAACGAGCACAAGCGGGCGUCGCCCAUUUUCAGUGCUCCAAUUAUUGACCAGGGUAAGGUAAUGGUGCGUUGCCAGUUCACCUGCAUGGAGAAGACCAUAAUGGUAUACGGGUUCGGCAACAACAAAAACCAGGCCAAACUGGCGGCUGCCAAGCACGCCCUCCAGAAGUUGGCCAAAUGUGAUGCAUAAAGUGAGACUUGGUGGAUGUCAACAGCCCUUGCCACGGAUUUAUUCCAAAUUGCAUGGGCGAGUCCCAUUCAAUUUCGAAAAAAUCCGUAAAAGAGCUAUUGACAACAAUUCGCAAUAUUUUUAAUAAAAACUACAUAUUUUUAUGACAGAAUUUUGUAUUAUAACUUGCUAUAAUAUUAUAACUUGCUGUUAUAUGAAAUACUCCGUAUUAACGAUUCUUUUAAUAAAACAAUUCAUUUUUUUA